GUGUUUAACUUCCUGUACGUCCUGUUACUUUCUCUGUGAGGACACUAGGGGCAGCCCAAAAGUAAUUCAUUCAUCUGUCUUCAAAAGAAAACUUACUCGUAGCUGUACAGUUAGCAGUUUGUAAGACUGUGUAUUUAUUGAAUUACGUAUGCUACUUUACUAAAAGAGUAUCUUCGGCUAAUAUGGCAAAAAUCCUUUUAGCUAACAGCAUUGUAAAAUCCCUGGGACAUGGAUGUGUGGUUGGCAGAAGAGUGGGAAACACGCCAGCCUGGCUGAUACUUCAAACUACUAGACUUUUAAGUGUGAAGGCCCAGACAGCCCACCUAGUCUUGGAGGAUGGCACCAGGAUGAAAGGGUUUUCCUUUGGGCAUGAUUCCUCUGUAGCCGGGGAACUGGUCUUCAAUACUGGCCUUGUGGGGUAUCCUGAGGCCCUUACUGACCCCAGUUACAGAGGUCAGAUCCUGACCCUGACUUACCCUAUUGUAGGAAACUAUGGGGUACCCAACACCCAGGAGCUGGACAUGCUGGGCCUGAGAAAACAUGUGGAGUCAGAGCGCAUCCAGGUAUCUGGUCUUGUGGUUCAAGACUACAGCUAUGAAUACAGCCACUGGAACUCUGUCAAGUCUUUGGCACAAUGGCUACAAGAAGAGAAGGUUCCUGCAUUGUUUGGGAUAGACACCAGAAUGCUUACCAAGGCCAUCAGAGACAAGGGAACAGUUUUGGGGAAGAUUGAAUUUGAAGGGCAGCCUGUUGAGAUAUCAGACCCCAACCAGAAAAACUUGGUAGCUGAGGUCUCAACCAAGGAAAUCAAAGUUUUUGGAAAAGGAAACCCAAUAAAAGUUGUUGCUGUUGAUUGUGGUAUUAAACACAACAUAAUCCGCCUGCUGGUUAAGAGGGGUGCAGAGGUCCACCUCGUACCAUGGGAUCAGGAUUUGAUGAGUCUAGACUACGACGGCCUCUUCAUCUCCAAUGGACCAGGAGAUCCUUCUCUUGCCAAGACCCUCAUUGACAAUGUCCGCAAGGUUCUGGAGAGUGAUCGUCCCCAGCCAGUGUUUGGGAUCUGUAUGGGCAACCAGAUCACUGCUCUGGCUGCAGGAGCUAGAUCAUAUAAACUACCUAUGGGCAACAGAGGUCAGAACCAGCCGGUGCUGAAUGUGAUGACGGGCCAGGCAUUCAUUACGGCGCAGAACCACGGCUACGGCAUAGACAGCGAGUCCCUGCCCCUAGGGUGGAGCCCACUUUUUAUCAACGCCAAUGAUGGCACCAAUGAGGGCAUCAUGCACAACAGUAAGCCUGUUUUCACGGCCCAGUUCCACCCGGAGGCUAAAGGCGGUCCCACAGACACAGAGUUCCUCUUUGAUGUCUUUAUAUCACUGAUCAAGAAAGGAAAUGACGCCAACAUAGUGUCCGUUAUGCCCAAGAAACCCCACAUCCCUCCCAGAGCCCAGGUGUCAAAGGUGCUUGUACUGGGUUCUGGUGGUCUGUCUAUCGGUCAGGCUGGAGAGUUUGACUACUCUGGAUCUCAGGCCAUCAAGGCCAUGAAGGAGGAGAACGUGCAGACAGUGCUCAUGAAUCCAAACAUAGCCUCUGUUCAGACCAACGAGGUGGGCACCAAGCAGGCGGACUCUGUCUACUUCCUGCCAGUCACGCCACAAUUUGUAACUGAAGUCAUCAAGAACGAACGUCCAGAUGGCAUCCUACUCUCCAUGGGUGGACAGACUGCACUAAACUGUGGAGUUGAACUAUUCCAGCGUGGCAUCCUGGAGAAGUAUGGGGUGAAGGUCCUAGGAACCCCAGUGGAGUCUAUCAUGGCCACAGAGGACAGACAGCUUUUUGCUGACAAACUGAUGGAGAUUAAUGAGAAGAUUGCACCCAGUUUUGCUGUGGAGUCUGUAACUGAUGCCUUGAAAGCGGCAGAGCAGAUUGGUUACCCAGUUAUGUUACGAUCGGCCUAUGCCCUGGGAGGUCUGGGCUCUGGUCUGUGUGCUGACAAAGAAAAGCUGGAAGAAACCGCCCACAAGGCUCUAGCCAUGAGCAGUCAGAUCCUGGUGGAGAAGUCUUUAAUGGGCUGGAAGGAAGUGGAAUAUGAGGUGGUGAGAGAUGUGGCUGAUAAUUGUGUCACCGUUUGCAACAUGGAGAACUUCGACCCACUGGGCAUUCACACAGGUGAUUCCAUAGUGGUGGCACCGAGCCAGACAUUGUCCAACGAGGAGUACCACAUGCUCCGUGAGACGGCCAUCAAAGUGGUUCGUCACCUUGGCAUUAUAGGCGAAUGCAACAUCCAGUAUGCCCUACACCCGUCCUCCCUGGAGUAUUGUAUAAUUGAGGUCAAUGCCCGGCUCUCCAGAAGCUCCGCUCUGGCAUCCAAAGCCACUGGGUAUCCCUUGGCUUUUGUCGCCGCUAAGCUGGCUCUGGGUAUCCCCCUGCCAGAGAUCAAGAACGCCGUAUCGGAGAAGACCACAGCCUGCUUCGAGCCCAGUCUCGACUACAUUGUCACCAAGAUCCCCCGCUGGGACCUGGACCGCUUCCAUGGCAUGUCCCAUGAAAUAGGCAGUGCCAUGAAGAGUGUCGGAGAGGUGAUGGCAGUGGGCCGGACCUUCGAGGAGAGUGUGCAAAAGGCCCUGAGAAUGUGUCAUCCAUCAGUGGAUGGCUUCAUGCCCCGGCUGCCACUCAAGAAAGCAUGGGCCGACACCCAGGACCUGCAACAGGAGCUGGCUGUGCCCUCCAUCACCCGCAUUUUCUCCCUCGCCAAGUCCCUCCACAGUGGCAUGAGUGUUGAUCAGAUCCACCAGCUCACAUCCAUAGACAAGUGGUUCCUCCACAAACUGCGCAGGAUAACACAGCUGGAGAAGCACCUGGCUAACUACAACAGUGGCACAGUUCCUAAGGAGCUGCUGCUGAAGGCCAAGCAGGACGGAUUCUCAGACCUACAGGUCGGUCAGAUUCUGGGCUCCAGUGAGAAAGAAGCCAGAGAGCUGAGGCUCAGUCACGGCAUCAGACCCUGGGUCAAACAGAUUGACACCUUGGCAGCAGAGUAUCCGGCCAUGACCAACUACCUGUAUUGUACCUAUCAUGGUGGAGAGCAUGAUCUGGACUUUAAAGACCAGGGAAUUAUGGUUCUUGGUUGUGGUCCUUACCACAUUGGGAGCAGUGUAGAGUUUGACUGGUGCGCGGUGUCAAGCAUCAGAGCUUUGAGGCAGAUGGGAAAGAAGACGGUGGUGGUCAACCACAACCCCGAGACGGUCAGCACUGACUUUGACGAGUGUGACCGCCUUUACUUUGAGGAGUUGACCCUGGAACGCAUUCUGGACAUCACCCAACAGGAGGGUUGCUCUGGCAGCAUUGUGUCAGUUGGAGGCCAGAUCCCCAACAACCUGGCUGCCCCGUUGCACCUGAAUGGCGUGAAGAUUCUGGGGACGAGCCCCCUGCAGAUCGACCGGGCAGAGGAACGCUCCGUCUUCUCCAACAUACUGGAUGACCUCGGGGUGGCCCAAGCCCCAUGGAGGGCCCUUAGCUCCCUGGAAGAUGCGUUUACCUUCGCCAACCAGGUGGGCUAUCCCUGUCUGCUGCGCCCCUCCUAUGUACUCAGUGGCUCUGCGAUGAAUGUUGUGUAUGGAGAAGAGGAGAUGAAACGCUUCUUGGAGGAGGCCACUCAGGUGUCCCAGGACCAUCCAGUGGUCAUCACCAAGUUCAUCCGCGGUGCCAGGGAGGUGGAGGUGGAUGCUGUGGCCAAGGGUGGCAAGGUUCUGGUCCAUGCCAUAACAGAGCACGUGGAAGAUGCGGGGGUACACUCUGGAGAUGCCACCCUCAUGCUACCAACCCAGAGUAUUAGCCAGGGGGCGCUAGAAAAGGUUAAGACUGCCACCCGGAAAAUCGCUCAAGCAUUUGAAAUUUCGGGGCCCUUUAACACUCAGUUUCUGGUUAAAGGCAAUGAUGUCAUGGUGAUAGAAUGUAAUCUUCGGGCAUCGCGCUCCUUCCCUUUUGUGUCAAAAACAAUCGGUGUGGACUUAAUCAAUGUGGCAACCAAAGUGAUGGUGGGAGAGCCUUUGGAUGAGGCCAACCUGCCUUCGCUGGAGAAACCCAUUAUUCCUGUGGACUUUGUUGGCAUCAAGGCACCCAUGUUCUCCUGGCCACGGCUGAGAGAUGCAGACCCUGUGCUUCGCUGUGAGAUGGCCUCCACAGGCGAAGUAGCAUGUUUUGGACCCAACAUUUAUUCAGCCUUCCUGAAGGCUAUGCUCUCCACAGGCUUCAAGCUACCGCAGAAGGGCAUCCUGAUUGGUAUUCAGCAUUCGUUCCGACCCAAUUUCCUGGCUACAGCUCACCACCUGAAAGAGGAGGGAUUCAAGCUCUAUGCUACAGAAGCCACCUCUGCCUGGCUGUGUGCCAAUGAUGUGCCUGCCACUCCAGUUGCCUGGCCCACUGAGAAGGGAGGAGACACCAGUUUGCCCAGUAUUAAGAGACUGAUCAACGAGGGAGAUAUUGACCUGGUGGUCAACUUGCCCAAUAACAACUCGCGCCAUCUGAGGGAUAACUUCCUCAUCCGCAGAAUGGCUAUCGACCAUGCGGUUCCCCUAAUCACUAAUUACCAGGUGGUGAAGCUGUUUGCAGAAGCUAUUGGCCAUGCGGGUGAGCUCGACACUACCAGCCUCUUCCACUACCGGCAGAAAGACAGCAAACACAGAGUGGCUAACCAGCAGGGCUAAAGCUUCCUUCUGUUCCCCUUGGUUCCCUUUGUAUAACAACUAGAGUUGCAGUCUUUCAGGGGUUACCUAGACCAAAACACAACAACAUACAAUACUUAUAAACCUGUUUUAAAAGCAAUGAAUUGUUUUAUUACUAGCCAAUUUACUUACUAAUGCUUUACAGACCAGCAUUUACAUACAAUUUAUGAACAAACGUUAAUAAUUAAGAAAUGGUUCAUAUAGCAAUUUAAGUCUGUAAACUUUCUGAAGAACUACAAAGACAAAACAAGCGUCAUGCUGGAGGAGGAUAAGCACCCAGCCAAAGAAAUGUUUCGCAAUCCCAAAAUUGUUCUACUGUCUUAUAAGUAAGCUUUAAAGAAUGAAAGAAUUGAUUAUUAUUAAUAAAUACAACUUAUAACCUCCAUGUAAAGGUGACUUAUUAUAAUUGGUACCAGAGAGGGUAAUUACACUGGCUUUUCACUCAAGCUGAAGUAAAUCCCUAAGAGCAGUGUUACUGUGGUCCAGUGUUUUUUCUCGUCUUGUUUUGCUUUUUUUAUGAUCAGUGGUUUAUUUUGUUUGUUUUUAUUUUGGGGCCUCUGUGAAUGUGAAACUUUUCGGCUCUCCUCAAUACCAAAGUUUUGGCCAAAUGACUUUUUUAUUUAUUUAGUCUCAUUCAUCCAUUUUUGUAAUAGACUUCAAACGGUGUAGAAAAUGUAUCUAUAUGCAUGACUUUUAAAGAACUGUAGGUAAGGUAGCUGUAUUGAAGAUAAUUCUUGUGCAUUUUUUGAUUAGAAUAAAGUUUUAUUUUUCAAGAGUUCCAGCCUGGAACCCCA